AUGCGAUCCAAGGAGGGUGCGAUCUUUUUCGUUAUCAAUAUUGUCGGAAACUUCGGUACUGUGUUCCUCGACAACGGCUAUUACAACAAGGCCAUCGCCGCCUCUCCCGUCCACGCAUUGCCUGGCUAUAUCCUCGGCGGGCUGUCUUGGUUCGCGAUUCCUUGGCUGACCGCCACAACAAUGGGCCUAUCUGCUUUAGCACUCGAGUCAAACCCGCGAUUCCCAACUUACCCUGACCGCAUGAGUGAGGCAGACGUAUCAUCUGGGCUGGUACUUCCCUACGCAGCAGUCGCCCUGCUGGGAAAAGGCGGCGCAGUUGCCACUCUACUUAUUGUCUUCAUGGCUGUGACUUCGGCGACGUCAUCUCAACUUAUCGCCGUCUCCUCCAUCUUUACAUAUGACCUGUAUCGAACCUACUUCAAGCCGGAAGCCAGCGGGAAGCGCUUGAUCUGGAUGAGCCACUGCAUCGUUGUCAGCUAUGCCGUCUUUAUUGCCAGCUUCUCCGUCGGGCUCCACUAUGCAGGCAUCUCUAUGGGAUACCUCUACCUAAUGAUGGGGGUCAUCAUCUCAGCCGCCGUCCUACCCGCGACGCUUACUCUCACCUGGUCUGGCCAGAACAAAUGGGCUGCUUCUCUAUCUCCCAUCCUUGGCCUCACCUUUGCCCUCAUCGCCUGGCUGGUUACAGCCAAGAAGGAGUGCGGCGAUUUGGGAGUAUUGUGCACAGGAUCCAACAACCCAAUGUUGGCCGGGAACGUGGUCGCACUGCUUUCGCCUGCUGUGAUUAUACCCAUCUUGACCCUUGCGUUUGGACUGCAGCAUUACGACUGGAAAUCAAUGAUGCUCAUUAGACAAGGGGAUGACCACGACUUGGCUGUCGCGGCUCACCUUGACCUUGAAAACAUUCCCGGUGGCCAUGUCGAAACUUCAGCCGAGUUCGAUGCAGAGCAGAAGAAGCUGUCAAGGGCGGGCAAGAUCAGCAAAACAAUGACCGUGGUCUUGACUCUUGCCUUCCUUAUCCUCUGGCCGAUGCCCAUGUAUGGCAGCGGCUAUAUCUUUAGCAAACAGUUCUUCACCGGCUGGGUGGUUGUGGGUAUUAUAUGGAUCUUCUGCUCCCUCUUCGCUGUUGGCUUGUUUCCAAUAUACGAAGGACGCAAGACGCUUGCAGAAACUACCAAGUGCAUCAUUCGCGACAUCUCCGGCAACUACCAUCCAGGUAGAAUCCAACAUUCGAUUGAAGGCCAGGGAGAGAAGAGCGACCAUGACGAAGCGAAGCAGGCGAAAGAACUUGGGGAGAAAGAAUCUCCUGGAGACGUCACACCCACGGAGAAGUAG